AUGUCCCACACUACAUUUACCUUCCUCUUCUGCUUCUUAUCACUCCUCUUCUCUUCUUCCCUCGCCGCUCAUCACCGCCACCUUCUCCACCACCCGCUCUUCCCGGCGCCUUCACUCCCCAUCCCCAUUCCCCCUACACAACCACCAUCUCCCUCUCCUCAACCACAACCACAACCACAACACCAACAACCCAAGCUUCCAUUCUCUUCUAUUUCAUCACCUUCCUCACCGUCUUCUUCUUCCUCACCAAACAACCAUUUCUUCUUUCCUACUUACCGCCCCUCUCCACCUCCUCCAUCACCCUCCGUCGUCGCCACAUUCCCGGCUAACAUCUCCUCCCUCCUCCUCCCACACCCUACCUCCACCCACCACCGUCCCGCACUCGCACUUGCUCUCACCCUCUCUCUUGUUUCCCUCGCCCUCCUCUCCGCCGCUGCCGCAUUCGCACUCCACCGCCGCUCCCGCACCUCGUCAUCCUUCCACGCCGACGAUGACGAAGACGACGACAAGGCCUCCAGGCAAGAUAGCCUCCGCCUGUUCCCACGCAACGCUGCCACCUCCGACGGCACCCACCCCAAGCCCCGCGGCGGCCCCGGCGCCGCCUCAAGCCCGCGCACAGAUUACCUCUACCUCGGCACGGUGGCUAGUUCAGAGCCACCGGAUUCAAGCUCCAGCAGCACCACCGGAACCUUAAUGGUGCCGCCGUACCGGAAACUGAAUGAUUCGCCGGAACUAAAACCACUUGAAGAAGACAAGGACGAAAAGCACAAGGAGAAUCAAGAUGAAGAAGAGGAACAGUUCUUUUCUCCGAGAGGCUCUUCCGGUAACAGACAAGAGAGUCCUCCUUCCCCUGUUGCGGUUCUUGGAGUCGAAGAUUCAAGUUCUCGUUCACCGAAGGCUUUUCCUUUGGAGAAACUCGGAUGCAGAAGCUUAAACUCAAGAACCCCAUCUCAUUCUCGUUCUUGUUCCCCUCUCAGCCCUGAAAGCACCAAAUCACUGCCACCACCUAAUCAGAACCCAGUUUCUGCGUCGCAGUCGCCGUCUUCUUUGUGUUCUUCUUCUUCUUCUCCUAAGCCUAGAGAGGAGUUGAGAUCCAGUUGGGAUGUUCCGGGCACCGAACUGCCUCCUCCUCCUCCGCCACCACCACCGCCGCCUCCGCCGCGGUUCUGGGAGACUCCGGUGAUGAAUAAAUUGGCGCCAAAUGUUGAUAAGAAUGAGAGUGAGGAAACUCCGAAGCCAAAGUUAAAAGCUUUGCAUUGGGAUAAAGUGAAAGCUAGUUCUGAUAGGGCAACGGUGUGGGAUCGCUUGAGACCAAGUUCUUUCCAAUUGAACGAGGACAUGAUUGAGACGCUGUUCAUGGUUAAUAACUCAAAGGAAAAUCCUACAUUGGCUUUUAGAGAUAAUAAUGGCCGCCGUGGUCAAACGGUUCAUUCUUCACCGGUGCCGCCGGAGAAUAGGGUGCUUGACCCCAAGAAGUCUCAGAACAUUGCUAUUUUGCUUAGGGCGCUCAAUGUAACUAUUGAUGAAGUUUGUGAAGCUCUCAGGGAAGGCAACUGUGAUACACUGGGAACAGAACUUCUGGAGAGUUUGUUGAAGAUGGCUCCAACCAAAGAAGAAGAAACUAAGCUGAGGGAGUUCCAAGACGAAUCGCCCUUCAAGCUUGGCCCUGCUGAGAAAUUUCUGAAGAUCAUGCUUGAUAUACCUUUUGCAUUUAAGAGAGUGGAAGCUAUGCUCUACAUUGCUAAUUUUGAUUCUGAAUUAGAAUACCUUAAAAAGUCCUUUGAGACUCUGGAGGUGGCUUGUGAGGAAUUGAGGAACAGCAGAAUGUUUUUGAAGUUACUUGAAGCUGUUCUCAGAACUGGAAACCGAAUGAAUGUUGGCACUGAUCGGGGCGAUGCGCAUGCAUUCAAGCUGGACACACUUCUGAAGCUCGUUGAUAUUAAAGGAACCGAUGGAAAGACCACUCUAUUGCAUUUUGUUGUACAGGAAAUUGUCAGAACCGAGGGAUCUCAUAUUUCCGGUUCUAACAAUCAUCCGGCCUCCGAGAACAACCAGCAAUAUACUCUUCAAGAUGAGGUUGAAUUCCGGAAGCUUGGACUGCAAGUUGUUUCGGGCUUGAGUGGUGAGCUCACCAAUGUGAAAAAAACAGCUACCAUGGACUCAGACAUGCUUAGCAGCGAUGUUGCUAAACUUGCUAAGGGGAUCGAGAAAGUUGUGGAAGUUGUCAAACUGAAUGAAAUGUCACCCUUGAAAGACACUAGCCAAAAGUUUUCUGAGGCAAUGAAAUGUUUCUUGGAGAAAGGAGGAGAAGAAAUUUUAAGAAUCCAGAACCAAGAGAAAAGGGCUCUCUCUUCAGUAAAGGAGAUAACUGAGUAUUUCCAUGGGAAUUCAGCAAAGGAAGAAGCUCAUCCGUUUAGAAUUUUUAUGGUAGUGAGGGAUUUCCUUUCGAUAUUAGAUGGUGUGUGCAAGGAAGUUGGGAAAGCGAAUGAGAGGACUCUAGUUGGUUCUAGACAAUCUGUAAUGCCUGCAAACCCUGUGAUGCCAGCAAUUUUUCCUAUUAUUACUGGUAAGCAGCCAUGUGAUUCAUCUGAAUCUGAUUAACCCAACUGCAACUGUUUGAGUAAGUUCUAUACAUGUUUGGUUUUGGUCAUUGAUGCGCUAGAUUUUUACCAUCCAAACGUUACGACAUUUCUCAACUGAAGACAAGCAUAUCCCUUCUUUGAAUGAUGACAAAGCCCAUGCUAUCAUGGAUGACACUUUUUCUCGUGCCUAGAUUACUCUGUAUAUGUUUACUGCCUAGACCAUAUAAUAAAUUUGAGUACAUUUCUUUUUUACGUUACAGUGUUGUAGUUAUAAAUGAUAAGAUAGAUAGAAAUUUUGGAUUUUCCUUGUUUUUAUCAUCCAUGUAAGUAGAGAAUUAUUAUUUCCGAGUACAAUCAAGUUAUUUCUAAUGUAGCAGUGGUGGGGGCACUAAGGUUAAGAAUCAUCCGAACUUGAAAGCUAUUUUGUGGAAAAAGGUCCUGGUUUUUCCUUUCUGGCAUUUGCCUGAGGGAAUAUCAAUGUGGAUCCCUAAAAUCCACAACUUUGGAGAUAAAUGACAUUACUUGGGCCCUCAUAACCAAGUUUAAUA